AGUCGAGAUGAGACGCCAGAACGUGCGAGAAUGUGGGCCAAUGUAAAGUUAAUGUAGGUAUGUUUGUAUUAAGUGAACAAUCUGAAGUCUGGGCAAAUAGAUCAUAAGCUCCCUUAGGCCACUUACCACUGCUGCUCUGUGCCUCGUGAGUACUGUUAGUGGUGCUGCUGACUCGUCUGUGAACCUCUACUUAAUUCUGUCUUUGUAGUGGCAUAAGAACUAAGGGAAGGUGCAAGAAGCCAUCAGGCCUACAGGUGGCAGUCCCUGUAUAAAACGUACCUACCUAUUUCCACCGGUCAUUCUCAUCCAUAAAUUUGGUGACAUGGCCCUACAGGGAGUGAGGCACUGUGGCAAGGUGUGGACGAUAUCCUCUUAUCUGACGAGAGAUACGUUUCACACCUGCGAUGCUGAAUUAAGGGAAUAUCGAACUGGGGACCGUGGUGCAGUGAUACCACGCGCGCUUUGGGGGCCAAGUGGUCAUCAGGCGCACGGGUUCGAAUCCUGGCUACGGUCCGAGGGUAGGAAAGGUAUCCACUCAGGGUAAAGGUUCCUAAAUGCUAACUCCAAAAUUCUUUCAUCAGGAGACACCGUCUCAGCCCUGACAGACUAAGAAAAACUUGAAAAAAAAAUCGAACUGGGACCAUAUUCUGAAACGUGUCUGCGCCGCACCUCCGCUACUUUUAAAACACUGUAGCGUUUUUCAAGCGUGUUUUAUGGCUCAAGUGAUACAUUAACACGCUUUCUAAUUAUCGAACAGAGAAACACUGGUGAGAACCCGGCAAAGCAUCUCCGUGGCCUUACAAAACAGUCGUGGUGAGAGAGCAAAGCGCUUCAGUACACUGGUCCGAGUCGCAAAUUGUCAGCGUUAUCAAUACAGUCGCCCCAGACACACGCUGCUAAAAUAGUGGCGCGGUUGUAGCUACGUGUGAAAGCUACAAUUGAGUGCCAUGUUUUGUGACGACCAGCGCUACUUUUUGUCUCGAAGGCAACUAUUCACGCGCGUCUGCAGUGUUAAUUUUCGUGUGUGAAAGGCCCAUUUAUCCCCAGUAUUUACGAGCGGUGGUGCUACUGAGUAUCGUUGAGGAGUCCCGUGUGAAAGGGUCCGUAACGAUGGAUCUGGACAAGUAGCCCUCAACUACCCUGGCCGCGAAGGAUGUAGGGAAGGACACGAAGGAAAGCCCAGUCGUGUUAACCUGGGAGGGCGUUGGGGAGACUACUGAAGAAGGUGACGAAGGGAGUUUUGGAGAGGCUGAGGAACAUGGCAGUGAGAUGAAGGGAAUGAAUAAUGAUGGAGGAAGUGAAAGAGGCAGUGAACAAGAUGGUGUAAAGACUGAAGGUGAUGGUGAAAUGGGAAGGACUAGGCAAACUGAGAGUGAGGUAAAUGAAAUAACUGACGGGAAAGAUAAUGAAGGAGGCGACGAAGGAAGGACUGAAAAAGGGAAAGAAGAAGCCAAUGAAAAGAAUAGUGAGAAACCCCAUGACAAAAAUAUAAAACACGGGGCGAACUCCGAAGACGAUGAAGAAGAGAUGGGAGAUUAUAAAAGAAAACCGGAAGGAGACGCUGAAGAACUACGACAAAAAUCUUAUAAAUCAAACGAUGACCGGAAACACAAGGUAACAAAAGACACGAAAAGAACUGAAACGAAUGACGCUGAAGAAGGCACAGAAGCAGACGAGAAAGACAAUGAAAAGAACACAGCAAAGCAAAAAGAAGAGGGAGAGAUCAGAAACAAGAAGACACAGCAAGAAGAUGAAGAAAGACAGAAGAAAAUGAAACUCUCCACUGACGAAGGAGGUGAAGGAGGGACAGGCGGUGCAAUAAGAGCAUAUCUGGUAGUGGGGACGCAGGAGGGGUGGAGGGAAGGCAGGGUGGAGGAGGUACAGCUUCGAGACACUGCAGUACUCUUCAACUAUGACUACCAAGUGCAGAGUGAGGAAGGUGUGCCCAGGUGUACGUCAGGUGAGCCAGAUGACAGCCUCCUCAUCUUUCUGCCCAGAGCCGAGGGCGUGGUGCAGGGGGCGGCAGGGUCAGUGGCGGCAGGCUUGGUGGAGUCAGGGGCGGCCAUCCUCCUCCCCCACCACCACGACAGCCACCACCGCCCCCUCCACGCACUGGCGGGAUGGACGAGGCAGGUGCGUGAGGCGGUGAAGAGAGCAGGCGUCACCUCCCUGGUAGCCCUAGCGCAGCGGCUUCAGGAGAGUGACACCCUGAGAAGAAGCUGCCGGGCGAAGGUGGACAAAGCUGGGAGGGUGUUCCACGUACUCAACAACACUGACGAAGUAGACGAAGGAGGCUUAAGCUUAGUAAGGAGCGGGGAGAGGUACAGAGUGGAGACAGAAGGGCGAGCACCUCCUGUUCUGCUCGCCACGCCAUCUAGUGAACACGCCAGGACUCUGUUGCUGUCUCUUUCCGACUAUUUGACAGGGGAGCUUCAUCCGGAGCACGGCUGUCAGGCCUGCGUGGAAGCAAGUGACACGGAGUUCUUAGGAGAGGAGGAGGAGGAGACACAAGAGGGAAAGAAGGAAGAGGAGAUAAUAAUGGUGGGGGUGUUUAUAGAAAGACCACAACCCUUUCUGUCUGUCACCCUCAGCUCUGUAUUCAACUCUCAACUCCCGCCCCAGUCCACUCACUACUACAUCUACAACCAGGUACAGGAGUACGAGGCCCAGGUGGCGCAGCUCGCUAGUGACCUUCGCGAGGCUGGAGUGCGCCACGUGACCCUAGGAGACCUUGUGCCGGAUGACCCCACCAUGACGCAGCGUAAGAAUGACCUCCUGGAGGCUUGCAGGACUGUCCAAGGCUGCUCCUGGGUGCUCCACUGGUCUGCCACCGCCUUCCUCAACCCAGGUAUUGCCCCGCGCCUCAUACGCCUGGCAACGCACCUGCACCCAUCCCUAUACCACCACCACCACCACCACCACCGCCGCCCUGUCCUCGCUCCAGCCCUCAGGGUCCAGCAGGGAGAUGAGGCGAGUUUCUGGCGAGGCAUCAACAACAAGAACACAUCGAUGCCUGAACCUUCCUGGGACCAUACCAGUGUUAUAAGCGGAAACAGCAGCAUGAGGAACCACUGGCGCGCAUCCUGCCUCAGAGAACUGUACAUCAUACCCAGGGACGUAAUUAUCGAACUCACCACGCCGUACACUCAUCCCCUUUAUUCUAACGCCACCCUCGCCUUCUGCGCCGCCCUGAGAGAUGCUGGAGUGCCCAUGGUCGUCACUACAGCGGUACAGAAUUUGGGGGUGCUCGUAAACACGACUGGGUACAACUUGGGUGCGCCAGAUGUAACGACUUACCUGAAGAAUGCGGACUUCUGGAGAGUAUCGUACUUAACUCCUCAGUGGCGGGACAUUGCGGCUGGGAAUCUGUCAGCUGUGUUACGGCCGUGUCAUGAGGUCUAUCAGUUCCCAGCCUUCAACGACCAAUUCUGCACAGACCUCCUUCGCCUCGCCUACGCCCGAAACAAGUGGUCACCUGCACUCAAACAGGACCCAAGGAAGAGGGCACCUGGUAGAGAGUCCGUCCCUACAGUGGACCAGUGGGCGUCUGACCUCGGCCUGGGGGAGAUGAUGGACGCUCUGUACGAGGACGUGUUGAAGAAGCAGCUCAUGAUCUCCUUCCCACACUCGAAUCCGGACGUGGUGGUGGCCUCGCAGAUAGCAAGGUUCCGCCCUGGGGAGAUGCCCGGCCUGCCCUCACACCACGACGCUUCCUCGGUCACCUUUCACGUCCACCUGUCGCCCUCCGAUCUAUACCAGGGCGGCGAGCUGGAGUUCCCGCGGCAGAGGUGCAGGGUGAAGGCAGGCGCGGGGGACGUGGUGGUGUUCCCAGGGCGCCUCACUCACCCCAAGGCGCUGCGUGACGUGACUGAAGGGGAACUGCACAAGCUGAUCAUCCACCUUGACAUGUAUCACAUCAAGCUUAGACACUUCUGAGAGCUGAGGUACAGAGAUUUCUUUGUUCACUCAAGUUCAAGCGUUUCUGAGGUCGAUUUUUCUAGACUUUUUUUUUUUUUUCAUGCUUGAGCUUUUGAGAAAUAUAUGUAUCCUCGCGCCUAGAAUGAUGGAUUAAAAAAGUACAUGCAUAUUUCGCGUUUUUCUCUGGUUUUAAGGGUGAAAUAA